GGCUCACUCUAGUCCCCCGGGUCGGAGCCCCCAAGAGCUGCGUGCCGAGUUGCAGCGCAAAGCCAAGCGGAGAGCGCUUCGCUUGCGCCGUGCUCCUCGCGCUCGGCUCCCUCGCGCUCCUGUUACUGCCUUCCAGAUCUUCUAGCCGCUCCGAGCGGAGCGAGCGGGCCCGGGACGAGCUCGAGCUCCAGCCGCCUCGCGUUUCCCCGCUCCGGCCCGCCGCCCCCCGGGGGUCGCGCGCCCACAAUGCCGCAGGGCCCCGGGUCGCUGCUGCUGCUGGUCCUCGCCUCGCAUUGCUGCCUGGGCUCGGCGAGGGGGCUCUUCCUCUUUGGCCAGCCUGAUUUCUCCUACAAACGCAGCAACUGCAAGCCCAUCCCGGCCAACCUGCAGCUGUGCCACGGCAUCGAAUACCAGAACAUGCGGCUGCCCAAUCUGCUGGGCCACGAGACCAUGAAGGAGGUGCUGGAGCAGGCGGGCGCCUGGAUCCCUCUGGUUAUGAAGCAGUGCCACCCAGACACCAAGAAGUUCCUUUGCUCGCUUUUCGCGCCCGUCUGUCUCGACGACUUGGACGAGACCAUCCAGCCGUGCCACUCGCUCUGUGUGCAGGUGAAGGACCGCUGCGCCCCAGUCAUGUCCGCCUUCGGCUUCCCUUGGCCUGACAUGCUAGAGUGCGACCGCUUCCCCCAGGACAACGACCUCUGCAUCCCCCUCGCCAGCAGCGAUCACCUCCUGCCGGCCACCGAGGAAGCUCCUAAGGUGUGUGAAGCCUGCAAAAAUAAAAAUGAUGAUGACAACGACAUAAUGGAAACUCUUUGUAAAAAUGAUUUUGCCCUCAAAAUAAAAGUGAAGGAGAUAACUUACAUCAAUCGAGAUACCAAAAUCAUCCUGGAGACCAAGAGCAAGACCAUUUACAAGCUGAACGGUGUAUCCGAAAGGGACCUGAAGAAAUCGGUGCUGUGGCUCAAAGACAGCUUGCAGUGCACCUGCGAGGAGAUGAACGACAUCAACGCACCCUAUCUGGUCAUGGGACAGAAGCAGGGCGGCGAGCUGGUGAUAACCUCAGUGAAGCGGUGGCAGAAGGGGCAGAGAGAGUUUAAGCGCAUCUCCCGCAGCAUCCGCAAGCUGCAGUGCUAGUUCCGGCGCCCAGGUUCUUCCUGGCAGGCCGGCUUCAGAGCUCGGCUGACCAUUUUCGCUCCGGGACUCAGCUCUUAUUCCCAAGCACAGUCCCUGGGCUCCAGCCCCAGCCUGGAGUUUCUCCCCUGCCUUUUGCACGUUUGCACCCCCAGCAUCUCCUGAGUUAUAAGACCCCAGGAAUGGAUAGCUGUUUUCACCUAAAGGAAAAACUCACCCAAAUCUUGUAGACAUAUUCAAACUAAUAAAACCAUGAAUAUUUUUAUGAAGUAUUAAAAUAGCUCACUUUAAAGCUAGUAUUGAAUAGAUGCAACUGUGACUUGGGUCUGAUUUUUUUUUCUUUCCUGUUUGGAUCAGCUGGUUUUCACUUUCAUUGAGGUUGCCAUAACAUGCAAACCAUGUCAUGUGUCAAUGUGGCCUAAAUAGUUGUGGGUCAUAAACACUGUUGAGAUAAAGCUGGCUGUUAUCUCAACAUCUCUCUCAGCUCCAGUGUGUAAGUCUUGUAACAAUUCAUUUGUCAUGUUACAUCCUAGUUGGAAACUGUUGGUAUGUAUUACAUUUCCAGCUACAAUACUUCCACUGAUUUUAAAAAACACAUUAACUAUUAAUCAUAGCAUGGUUUCUUUGAAUUAAAGGACAGAACAGAUAAAUUUUAUAAUUGACCUGAGUACUUUAAGCAUUUUAAAAAAACAUUUUUUACUUAAUUUUGCAAAUUAAACCAUUGUAGCUUUCCUGUAAUAUACAUAGUAGUUUACCUUCAAAAGUUGUAAAAAUAUUGCUUUAACCAACCCUGUAAAUAUUUCAGAUAAACAUUAUAUUCUUGUAUAUAAACUUUACGUCCUGUUUUAACUAU